AUGCAGGGAUUUAAUUAAUCAGAAAAAGAUACAUAAAUUUCCCUUUUGAUUCAUAAUUAUAGUGGAUAAAAUCUCAAAUAAAAAGAAUUUGUUUAUAAGUUAAAAUUAUCAUUAUUUGAAUUGAAAAGAAUGAUAUAAAUGUUCUAAUUGGAUUAAGUGGUCUAAAAAUUUGUUUUCAAAACUUUCUCAAUAAAAUCAUUUUUAAGAAUUUCUGAGAAGGCGGAAUUAAUCUUGAAGAAGAUUUUCAACAAGGCAAACUCAACUGUUUAAUUCAAUUAUCACUUAUCAUGGAGUUGUCUUAAUAUUUAACCUUGUGUUGCUUUUAUAUUUACAUAUUUAAAAUCUAAAAACAAAACUGUGGUAUUAACCAAGUAUUAGUUGUAACUUUUACUAUUUGAGGAUUACUAAUUAUAUAAAAAAAUGAUCGCUGAACUGGAGAGUUGGAAGUUGAUUUUAAUAUGA